AUGAGUUUUCUAAGUCCGAGGGCAGCAGCUGCUGGCAGCUUUGGCUGUAAAAUACCUGACCAUCUCGAACAAACUGGCUCCGCCCCCAUCGUGGGAAAUCUCUCGUUCUACCAUCUGAACAUGAUCGUAUCCGGCGGUUGUACGGCGAUCGUAUUGUUUUUGAUCCUGGGCCUGAUGGGACGACAUGCGACGCAUAUGAGCAAUCCGAACGAACAACUCAAGAUCAUGCGAAUCUGCAACCUCAUCCCGUCGUACCAAAUCCUCUCCUUUAUCUCGAUCUGUGUUCCAAACUCCUACAUCUACCUCCAAGGGUUCACGGAGGUGCUCCAGGGUGUGGCUCUAUAUUCCUUCGUCAUGCUGCUCUGUGACUUCAUGGCUCCCAAUGAUAAGAGUAAAGUGGAGUUCUUCUCUUCGCUGGAGAUCAAGAGACAAUGGCAGCCGAAGAAGAAACGGAAUGGUCUUGCAUUCUUGAAGUUGACUUGGUACUCGGUGCUUCAAUACCCCAUCAUCACCUGGAUCACCGCUGUCACGCAAGUGGUGACUCAAUCUCUACAUGUUUACUGCCUCGAAAGCACGGCGCCUCAUUUCGCUCAUGUUUGGCUCCAAGUAAUUACCUCGAUGUCGACAUCGAUUGCCGUUAAUGCAAUCCUCCAAUUCUACAUGAACAUGAAGAAAUACAUGGCAGAGCACAGGCCACUGAUGAAGCUGAUGGCAUUCAAGCUGAUUGUCGGCCUGGUUCUCUUGGAGAAGAUCCUGUUCCUCAUCCUCACCGGCGCAAAAGUCCUCGUGCCUUCCGCCACAAUGACCUACAUCGACGUAAUGAUGGGCCUCCCAACCAUGGUGAUCUGCGUGCAGAUGGUGCCGCUCUCCUUCCUCGUCCUCUACGCCUAUCGCGUCGAACCCUACAAGAUCUCGAACUCGGCCCGUAUCCUCCGACCCCAAGAAUACCAGGCCGUCGAUUCCGAUGGUGACGAUGAGACCUUGGUGGGCGGUGUACCGAAGCGCUACCAGGGUGGUCGCUGGGGAUUGCAUGCCUGGGCUGUCUAUUUGAAUCCGCUGGAGUUGUUCCGCGAUGUCAAGUCGGCUUAUGUUAUGAUUCAUGAGGCGCGGGCUUUGCAGAAGGCUGAUACGAAGGGGAUGGCGACUGAGGAGGAGAUGGGGAGAUAUGAGACGAGGUAG